UUCACCUAUGACACGUGGGUCCUCCCUCCCCUUCCCCAACCCAGACCCCUCAGCUCCCCACGACCCCCCCUCCUCCGCUCGCCGGCGUCCGCCCGCCCGCCCGCUCGCGGCUGGAUGGACCCGCCUUUCGUGUUCCCAUCGAGCCUGCGGGAUCUGGAGCGGGACACCGACGGCGACGACGAGCCUUCGCUCCGGCCGCAGGACACCGUCGCCGUCGCCGCCCUCCGCGCCGCCGACCUCGAGGAGUUCGUCAAGGCCAGUAUCUUCGCUGGAUCCUCGAAAUCUCUCAGAAAAUCUUCUCCUCCUCUCUGCAAAGAAAUCUCCCGCUAGAUCAUGUCGGCGAGCUCGAACAUGGAAGCUGCUGCUGCUGCCACCCCGGGCAUCAGGCGGUGCGCCGCGUGCAAGAACCAGCGCAGGAGGUGCUCCCAGGACUGCAUCCUCGCUCCCUACUUCCCGGCAUCGGAUCCCCAGAGAUACGCCUGCGUGCAGAGGGUCUUUGGCGCCAGCAACGUCGCAAGAAUGCUCCAGAACCUCCCAAUCCACGAGCGCGGCAAGGCAGCGGACGCGAUGGCGGUGGAGGCGCACCGGCGGGUGCAGGACCCGGUGUACGGCUGCGCGGGGGUCGUCGGCCGCCUCCAGGGGGAGAUCAGAGCCGUGCAGUGCGAGCUGGCCAGGACCCAGGCCCAGAUCGCCGUGCACGCUGCCGCGGCGGCUCGCGCGCGGCCGGCGGUGGGCGCCGCCCAGCUGAACGCGCCGGCACAGGCCGCUCUGUCGCAGCAGCAGCAGCAGCAGCAGCAGGGCGAUGCGCUGGCGAUGCAGCAGGAUCCGUUCCAAGGGUUGGAUGCCCUGCUUGUCGAUGAUUACCGCGUGGAUGUUAAUCCGGUUGAUGAUGAGAUGAACACUGACUAGGGCUGCAUCUGAAAUGAUCCAGUGCUCCAGCUCAUAAGAAACUGAAAUACUAUAGUUUUCAUCAAGUCUAAUAAUAUAAAGUACUCCCUGCUAAUUUUGUUCUCA